GGGAAAAUGUCCAUUCGUCAAACGCAUUUAGGAGACAGACUUGCAAUCGGGCAGUAUGGCUGUCCUUCUGCUGUCCCGAAAAGCAGGACUUGGCAAACAAGUAGCAAAAGGAGUAAAGUGUUUGCUGAAUCAUGAAUUCACCAUAUGUUCUUUAAAAGCACCAAGAUAUUACCAUAUCAAGACAUGCCAACACAUACAACGGCGUACAAUUUCUACAACUAGAUGUGUAGGAAAUGAUAAACUAGCAGAGACGUCUGAUGCAAAGAAUGAAGUUGUAACUGCACCUGUUCUAGAAGUAGAAGAGGAAGAAGAUUUGCACAAAGAAAGGUACAUUCCAAUAACAAGACAGUCUUUGAUUAGAUUAUUGGUUGAAGAAAAGGCUUUUCUAAGUGAAAGUGAGAAGAAAAUUUAUACAGAUUUUGCUCUAGGACUAGAUUCAGCAAUUGUAAACAAAUACCAUGGCAUUCUUAAUGAAAUUAAGGCACUGUUUGAUCCUAUUAAUCCUGAUAAAGAUACAGUCAAAACCAGAAAGUACACUAGACGUGAGAAGCUUGACAAUGAGUUCUGGUUAUUACAAAGACUUGAGGACUUGGUAGAGAAGGCAAACUUCCAUGAACUCUCUGAAAAUACUCUCAUUAGAUCUAUGAAUGAGCAUGAUGUGGCAGAGGGUGUUAGGGUCAAAGUGGAUAGGAACAAUUUUGAUAUUCUUCGUAUUUGGGCCUUAGGAAAAGAGAAACCAGCAAUGAGUAUUCCAUGGUAUAGAAAAUUACAGUUCUGGAAGACACCUGUUAAGCAGACAGAUGGACCUGCCUUUUACAAACGUAUUGUGGUAGCUUUAAGGUUGAAGAAAGAUCAGAAACUUAUGUUAAAAGUUUUUAAAGAAGUUCCAGUAAAUGGUUUAGAAAUGUUAUUACCAGAUGGAAGAAUAGUAAUCAAAGCUAGAGACAAACAAAUUAUAGCAGGAUCAGGCUUCCUUGCAAUGGCAUCUGUUUUGGCGAAAUGUGUCACGAUUCUAGCUCACCUGCAUAUAGAUUGGUUUUUGGCUGUGUUUAUAACAGCUGGAACUUUAGGAGGUCGUACAUAUACUGUGUACAAUAAUCGUAAAAAUAAAUACCUUGCACGAUUAAAUAGACAAUUAUAUUUCAAAAAUAUAGCAAAUAACCGUGGCUCCUUGGCUUUGUUGGUUGAUCGAGCUGAGGAUGAAAGUUUUAAAGAGGCACUUAUUGCCUACACAUUUCUAUUGACAAAUAGAUCAGUAUUAGCAAUGAAGAAGGACGUUCAGUUUGUACCAACAGAAUUAGGAAAUAUUACAGAUUUAAAUUUAGAGAAAAAAUGUGAGGAAUGGAUAGAGAAAAAGACUGGUGCCAAAAUUGAAUUUAAUUCAUCAGAAGCUAUCAAACACUUACAAGACUUCGGAAUUCUAAGUAAAUUAAACGGGAAACUUAAUGUAUUACCGCUUGAUUCAGCCAUGCGUAACCUUCCACAACAACCUUCACCAAAAGUAGAACGUAUGGAGGAAGAUUUAUUAGAGGGUUACGAUAGGGACUAUUUCUUAGAAACGGAAGAGAAAUACACAGAAGAGGAAAACAAAGACAAGAAGUAUGGAUGGUUUUGAUGGAUGAACUAUGCAUAGAAGGAUUUUAUAUUUAAUUUGAUAGAGGUGUUUUUAAACAUGAUUUGUAUUUAUAAAGUUAGAAUUUAAAGUAAAUUUAACGACUUUGUGACUAGUAGUAGUGACGUGUAUGUUUUCAGUUGAUUUGUGGUGUGUCACCCCCUAUAAAUCAUGAAUUCAAGAUUAUUUAGAGGUAAAAGUAAAUGAACUUGUCGAUUUAUUAUUUAUUGUCAAUAUUCAUAAGAAUAAAGUAAACAAAAAUGCAUGAUGUUAUUCAAAUAAUUACUAUUUACAAUGUAAAUUCCUAACAAUUGGAAAUUACAUCCUGCUAAUAUGUACAAAAGUUAAAAGGAGUCUCAGUGAGAUAGCAUUUUUUUUUUUAAUAAACAGACUAAAAAUAGACAUAGUUUAACAAUGAGUCCUGUUAUAAGAAUGUAGAAAAAGUGUCAAUAUGUUAAUCUCAAAUUCAAUCAAAUUAUUGACUACAUGUUUUAUGUUGCAAGGGAAAUAUCUUUCUGAGAUAAGUUAUUUAUUUAUAUCAGUACUGAGAUUAGAUAUUUAUGUAUGUAAGUAGAAGAGACUCCUGCAGUGUUCAUUUGAAUUCUAAAUUUCAUUUACUAUUUCGGAAAAAAUUGUGAUUACUCUUUUCAGGUUCAAAAUCAGAUUCAGAAUUACUUCAUAGGCCAUAUUUUUGCUAAUGAUUAAAGUGCUUCACCUCACCUAUCCUCUUCAUGUUGGUCGGCAUUUUAAUAAGACCCUAAUGAUAAAAAUGAUAAAAGAACUAAUGUCUUGAGAGUGUUUCUGAUCUGUUUUAUAACAUUUCAAACUUGAUAAAUUGUUGUUUUUCUCCUCUGUAACAUCCAGUACUUUAUAUAAAUCCAUGGCAAAUUAUGAAAAAAGAGGGUUUUUUCACAAAAAGAAUCUAAACUCUAUUGAAAGCAAAUAAUGAUAUUUCAUAAUUUAAAAUUUUCUGAAAUUUUUUUAUUUCAUUAUUAUUCAUGGGUAGGCAAUUAUCUUAGAUAAAAACCAUGCAUGUUCAACCAAGUACCAAUUUUCUAAAGGCUUGUUGUAUACUUUGGAAAACAACAAAAUUCAAUAUCUACAAAAAAGAUUCAAUUUCAUCUUCGUCCAGUAAAAUUAUUUUCACUAAAUGAAAUUAAUCCACAGUUAUAUAUUUUUUUAUGGUUUUUUUUUAUUAGGGGUAAGAACAUUAAAAGUUGCCAUUCCUUCGUUCAAUACAGAUAUUAGGUUGUAUUAUAAACAUGAUAAAUGGAAGGUCAUUAUAAUGAAAUUAUUAAAUGUAGGUUGGGUAUCACUGAGAGCAUAUUAUGGAAAAGAUGAUAAAGUCAUAUAUGUUAAUAUAUAUAAAUAAAAGAUAUAGAAAAUUC